AUGAAGUUGCAAUUGGGUUUGGUCUUGACUGGUCUUUUGGCUGUUGUGGCUGGUGCUGAGCAGCAAGAGAAAUUGCGUAUUGGAAUUCUCAAGAGAGUUGACGGAUGUACCAGAAAGGCCCGUUCGGGCGACUUGGUCGAGGUCCACUACACUGGAAAACUGGCGGACGGAACUGUCUUUGACUCGUCUGUCGAGAGAGGUCAGCCCAUUGAGUUCCCAUUGGGUGUUGGUCGUGUGAUUCAAGGAUGGGAUCAAGGUAUUCUUGGAAUGUGUGUUGGCGAAAAACGGAAAUUGACCAUUCCUCCACACUUGGGAUACGGUGAACAUGGGGCUGGUGGUGCUAUUCCUCCUCAUGCCACUCUUAUUUUCACCACCGAACUUGUUUCUAUCAACGGAGAAGGUUUGCCAGUAGUCGAAGUUCCUGAUUCUCAAGUCCCAGACCUCGACAGCGACUCUCCUACCGAGGACGAAGCAGAUUCGGACGCCGAAACUGACGACAUUGCUGUCUCCUCGGAACCCGAAUCCGACGACUCGGACGCCUCGUCCGACUCAGACUCUGUCGCCGACUCUGAUCCCGACACCGAUGCCACCGACCUCGACGACGACACCCCUGUUUAUCCUUCAUCUAUAACUAAAAGAUUUGUAUAUGCAGAUUUGAAUUUUAGUUCAGAGGUACAGGAGAUGAGAGCUGAGUUGCAAAAACAACAAUUAGAAAGUUAUUUGGCUCUUUUGAAUAAUACAAAAUACUAUUAA